AUGGCUUGUUCAAAGCUCUUCUUGUCUUGUCUGCUGCUUCAGCUGACGUCCCUGUUUCUUGUCCCUGAGGUCGCCCAUGGCCUUGGUCUCAAAGUAGGGUUUUACGAGAAGGCAUGCCCGAACGCGGAGGCCAUCGUGAAGGAGGUCAUGGCCCAAGUCCUGUCCGAAGCUCCGGGUCUCUCCGGCCCUCUCUUGAGGAUGCACUUCCACGAUUGUUUCAUUAGGGGCUGUGAAGGUUCAGUGCUAUUGAACUCUCCGACCAAUAAUGCCGAGAAGAACGCGAUUCCGAAUCACAGCCUUCGAGGUUUCCAAACGAUUGACAGGGUCAAAACGGCGUUGGAGAAGGCAUGCCCGGGCAUCGUUUCGUGUGCUGACAUUUUGGCCCUUGUCGCUAGGGACAUGGUCGUCGCGACUGGAGGACUUUCCUAUGAUGUGGAAACCGGACGAAGAGAUGGGAACGUUUCCAUUAUGACCGAGGCACUUACCGGUUUGAUACCACCUACGGCCAACAUUACAGCUCUGAAAGCAGGUUGGGCACAGAGAGGCCUCAGUGUGAAGGACCUUGUCGUCCUAUCAGGUGGGCACACCAUUGGAACUUCACACUGCUCUUCCUUCAACAACCGCCUCUACAACUUCACCGGAAAGGGCGACUCCGACCCCUCGCUCGACUCCCACUACAUAGCGAGACUGAAGCUCAGGUGCAAGCCGAAUGACCAGACCACCCUCGUCGAGAUGGACCCAGGAAGUGUGAGGACGUUCGACAUCAAGUACUUCGAUCUCCUCCCGAAGAGAAGAGGCCUCCUCACUUCGGACUCCGCACUUCUCGACGACAGCGAAACCAAGGCGUACCUUGACCUCCAGAUCAAGACUGGUGGAUCCACCUUCUUCAAGGACUUUGGAGUGUCGAUGUUGAACAUGGGUCGGAUCGGCGUGAUCACCGGAACAGCUGGCGAAGUCAGGAAAGUGUGUUCCAAGGUUAAUUAAUUGAGGAUCGACGAGGAAGAAUCAGGAUUGAGCAUGAAAUGAUUGGAAAUAAUGGAUUGCUGUUGUUUACUUUGUUUGUCGGUAUAUCACUUGUUCAUUUUGUGUUCUUUGCUUUCUGCUCGUUCUAUGUUAGGUCCCUCUCAGAGUGCUGACAUGGCAAGUGUAUGUUGGUUUGGUUUUAUUGCAUUUAACGCUUAAGAAGAGGA